GCCGGGCGGAGCUGGUCCGUGCGUGUGCGUGAGUGCGUGCCCGCAGCCAUGGCACCGACGGCGUGCAGCGUCCCGCUGUUUGACGCGACGACCCGCAGGGCGUCGCCGUGAAGCCUGAGGCCUUCCCCCGCGCCCGCGGCGGCUUCACGCCGCGAGGCGUCAUCAAGUGAAGUGGGCUUCACCGCGACGGGCCGGGCUCGGUGCGUGCCGCGCAGGCCUGGGACUUCCCCUCGGCCCCUGAACUCGGUGGCCGCCCCCCAGCCGCACUUCGGCGCGACGACCCCGGGCGCCGGGCUUCCUCCGACCCGCCGUCGCCGCAGUCGGCGUCGCCGCGCCGCCACGACGCCUGUGCCGGAGACCGACGGCCGCCUCGCCAUGGCGUCGGACACGGACGACGCCUCCGACUCGGACAGCGAGCUGCUGCUGCACGACACCGCCCGCGUCUCGCCCGCCGCUCUGCGCCGGCGCCUGUCUGGGAGGCGGCCCAGCACCGCGGCCGCGCCCAGGACGACGACGACGGCGACGACGACGCUGCUGUCGGCGCGCCACCAGUGCAGCGUGUGCGCCGUGUCGCCCGCCGCCUCGCCCCUCAUCCCCAAGCGCGGCCAGUCGCUGGAGGCGGCAUGCGGCGCUCAGGCGGCGCAGGAUGGCGGCCUGCCGCGGCAGACGUCCUUCCCUCCCUACAUGCGGCGCAGAGAGCGGGUGAUGUACGGCCGUUCCCAGCGCGGCCUGCACAUGAGGACACCGGUCAUCGGGGGCACCCCCGUCACGGAGGAGCAGGCGGUGCUGCUGCGCACGGUGGUGUUCGGGGACGCGGCCACGCCGCCGCGCUCCGAGUGGUCGCGCACGGGGCUGGUGAUGCGCGAGCCGGAGCGCGACCUGGGCUACGGGCUGCGCGCGCCGCGCAACGGCACCCGCGGGCUGCUCGCCGUCGUGCAGGCCUACCUCGUCAAGCACCUGCUGUUCGAGGCGCCGCCCGGCAUGGAGGGCGCCGGCCCGCCCACCGCCAGGCCCGAGGACUUCCAGGACGGCGUCACGGAGAAGCUACACCUGUUUGAGUUUACCACUCUGCAAGACCUUCAGAUCUUCAUGAAGCAGUACCUUUACCUGUUCACCGACGACCCCGGUCCUGGCACGCUGCUGCUGCUCUACGCCGCCGUCCUCACCAGGGGCUGCGACAAGGUGCAGGUGGACCUGGAGGACGAGAAGGCCUGCCUGGUGACCACGGCGGAGGAGGGCCCGCAGACCAUCGUGACCCUGCUGCUUGUGGGCCGCGCUACGCCAUACCUCCACAACGGCAUCGUCUACGUGGGCGACGAGGACCACUACGCCAUGCCGCAGUACGGCGUGCUCAACCGGUCGGACGUGGGCUUCCUUGUGUGGGACGACACCAACGACAGCGAGCUCCAGGAGUCGUCCCGGCAGCCCGGGUCGCGCCUCAAGACGCCGUCUCUGCCCGUCUGGGUCGUGGGCUGCAGCGGCCACUACGGCGUCAUCUUCAACACGAACCGCGAGCUGCUGAGAAACUACCACGCCGAGCGCAGGUUCGAGCUGCUGUACUACACGGCGGGCGCGGGCCAGUGGAGCCUGACCGUCGACACGCGCUUCAACGAGGCCGGCGAGUCCGCGCCCAGCAAGUCCAGCUCCUCGCGCCCCAAGGAUGACUUCACCACCACGGCACAAGCGCUGUGCCUGGAGAAGGUCAUCCAUACCAAAUGGCAGGACGCCCACGUGACCUGGAAUAGUAUGAUUCCGGGAGUCUGAGACCAUUAUUUUAAAACAACUACCACGAACUGCCACAUACGUGAAGGUUUCCUUGAAUUUAGUUAAAAAACAUGUGAUCUAUAGUAAAAUUUAGAUGUCAA